AUGUCUAUAUCAUUGAAGGUCAACAUUGUGUCGGCCAACUCGGUAAAGACAUUUAGGUUCUCACCCGAGAUGUCAAUUGGUGAGAUAUGCCAGUUGAUAAAGGAGAAGACUAAUGAGGGUGGUGACGAUCAUGGUCUGUUUCAACCGGGUGUGGAGGGCAGGACCAACGCACGUUGGUUGCAGCCAGACAAGUCGUUGCAGUUCUACGACAUCAGCUCAGACUCACAGCUCGACUACAAGAAGAAGCACCGACCCCAGAAGAUCAAGCUGCUGGACGACACCAUCAAGACGCAGCUGGUCGACGAGAGCACCAGCGUCAGCGACAUUGUCGAUGGCAUCGCCAAGAAGAUGGGCAUCAAGAACCCCGAGGAGUAUUCGCUGCAGAAGGAUGGCGGCGACUGGCUCAAGAGCAACCAGAUCCUCGCCGAGCAGGGCGUGGCCGACACCGACAUCCUGAUGUUCAAGAAGAAGUUCUUCUUCAACGAUGCCAACAUCGAUCGUAACGAUCCUGUCCAGCUUCAUCUGCUCUAUGUUCAAUGUCGCGACGCCAUCGUCGAGGCCAAGUACCCCACGCAGCGCGAAGAAGCACUUCAGUUGGCUGCACUCCAAUGUCAAGUGUCAAUGAGUGACUUCAACCCAGCCAAGCAUGGUAAUGGAUAUCUCAAUUUGAGAGAGUACCUUCCAGUUCAAUGGGCCAAGGCAAAGAACUGUGAGAAGGACAUCUACAAGGAGUACCGCAAGUUGGUCAGCAUGUCUGAGGUCAAUGCCAAGUACAGAUACGUUCAACUCUGUCGUUCCCUCAAGACCUACGGUAUGACUUCAUUCAAUGUCAAGAUGAAGCCAAAGGAACAUGGAAAGAAGAAGCCAGUCGACAUGGUACUGGGUAUCACUAGGGAGGCGAUGAUAUUGAUGUUGGAGGAGACAAAGGAGGUGCAAAAGACACAUCCAUUGACUCAUAUUAGGCGAUGGGCUGCCAGUGAGAAGUCGUUCACCUUUGACUUUGGUGACCAUGAGGACGAGUACAUGGUGCUGCUCACCAACAACCCCGAGGAGAUCUCCACUUUGAUCGCAGGUUACAUUGACAUCAUCCUCAAGUCACGUCGCGACACCACCAAGCACAACGACAAGGACGAGACUGCCAUGGCGAUUGAGGAGAGUGUGGCCAUCAAGCGUGGAACCGCCUCUGCCACCAGCACAUUCAACUAUGGUGCUGGCAAUGGCGGCGGUAACUACAUUGCCCCAUCUCAGCAAAUUCCCAUCACUGAUCUCAAGAGUGCACUCAGAGCUACCGACCUGCUGAUUGGCGAGUUGAACUCAAUGAGAGGAUCUGGCUCUGGUGGACCCAUGCCCCAACAGUUCUCGCGAUCAUUCACCACGUUGACUCCACAGCAGUUCAAGCAUCAGCUGAUCUCCCACGCCAAUGCACUCUCAGCCGCUGCCACCACACUGCUCUCGGAUCUGUCCACACCACAGGCUGGCGGCAUGUCCACCACCCACAAGCACAUUCUCAGUCGUGCACAGGUCAUGAUGGCAGAGAUGAGCACUGUUGGAAGCUGCGCCAAGAAUGCAGCAUUCAUCCCAGAGUUGGCCAGCUUCUCAGACGAGAUCAUUGAGGUCGCCACCAAGCUGUCAGACGCCAUGUCUAAGUUGCUCACGUCGGCCGUGUCUGUGAGUGACAAGGUGAUGGAUGAGGAGGCCAAGGCCGCUGCACAGCAGCACGUCUUCACCACCAACGCCCUGGCCACAAUGAUGAUGGCCGCCGUCGACAACAUGUUCGUGACCGAGAGCAGCGCCCAUCUUUUGCUCGAAUGCGUCAAAAGCGUGCAGUCAGCAUCCAACGUGCUUUGCGACCUCGGCUCAGAGAAGUGCGAGAUGGUCGACGACAAGAUGCUCAAUUCGCAGAUCAAGGGUUCAAUGUCCGAUAUGUCAAUGACAGCGGACAAGCUGGUCACUGUUGCAGAGAGUGUAUCACACACUGCCUGUCACCCAGAGAGCAGAAAGAUGCUAGAGUCCCUCUGUGUCAACAUCAAGCAACGCACCAACACUAUCGCCACAAGCUUCAAGUCGAGCGAUCUCCCCGCUCAAGACAUGACCCUGCUCGAAGGCAAGGUCCAAGAUGUGCUUGAUACUCUUGGCCUUGUGUCCAGCGCAUUGGAUUGUGCUGAGCAGCGACCAUCUGGAGGCGCCAACGACGCCCAGACCCUGAACCUUUCAAGCGACCUCCUCACUGAGGAGUUCUCAACUCUCUCGAACGACCUCACCAACUCAAUCUCCAUGCUGCGUAACAAUCUUGGCAACACACCAGAGUCCAUUCUCGAGUCAUUCAAGGUCGUCGCAUCAAAUGCCAACCGCAUGAUCUCAUGCACCAAGACUGUGGCCGGUCGCGCUGACCUUGCCACCCAACAGCGUCUCUUUGCCUCGACCACCGCUGUGUUUGAGUCUGUGUCUCACCUGUCCAACACUUGUCGUCGUCUCAUCAGCAACCCCAAUGAUGCCGACUCUACCUCGGCCGUGAUCAACGCCGCUGGCCAUCUCCAAUCACUCACUCAGAGCAUGUCUGUCGAUGCAGGAACACUGGCCUCAAUCGUGGCCCUGCGUGAUUGCUCGCGUGACAUGAUUGCCAACGCCUCACACCUUGUGUCAUCGGCUCGCGUGUCCAGCGCUCACUUGCCCGAGGCCUCCAGCGCCGUCCUGAUCAAGGCUUCAAAGGAGGUGACUGAUGCCAUCAGCAAGUUGAUGGCCGGUCUGAAGCGUGUCGCUCAGACCGACUCCAAGUCGGAGCAGGCUCAGCUUGAGCUCCUGCAGAUGUCUCAGAAGCACUCACUCCCACCAAUGAACCUGGUGUCCGCUUCUAAGCGUCUGGCCUCCAAGAUUGCCGACCCCAACCAGAAGCAAACCCUCAUCUACUCAUCUGAUGCCGCAUCAGCAUCAGUCCAGAGAUUGAUGCGCACUUGUGAAGCUUACAAGCGCAUUUGUGGACAUGCUGAGAUCGAAGAGUCGCUCGAGGCAUUUGACUCAACCUUGGCUGAGCUCGAGACCAUGGAGAUCGCCAUCCAAGGUGGUUUCGUCGAACCAGUGCCCGCAGGACAAUCCCGUGACUCUACCACUGAGAUGCUGAUGGUGGCCGUUAAAGACCUCAACCAAAUGAACAGUGGACUCACCAACGAGGUCAGAAGCAACCCAGCACGACUGGGCGAGCUUGUCAAGGAUGCUACCAGCGCAGCUGGCCAGGUUGCUCACGCGUCCAAGGCAGUCAUUGCCACUUUGCCAACAAAGGCUGCUCAGAAGAAGCUCCUAGCUUCCACCAAGCAAAUGACCAUUGACAUGCAGCAAUUGGUUCGCGCGUCAAGAUCAGUCGCCACCAACCCUGGCGAUGCCAGUGCCGAGCUCAUCAUGGAGUCGGCCGAGUCUGAUGUAUCAUCUACCGUGGCCUCACUUGUGGCUGCCUCCACUCAAAUCGAUUGCAAGGAGCUUGAAGAGGCAUCAAACGACAUCAACUCAUACAUCUCUUCCAAGCUUGGACAGGCAUCACCAGCAUCCAGCGACUCAUUCCAAACUGUAUCUGAGGAGAUGCAGGCAUCACUCAAGGCAUUGAAUGCCGCUGUUGUCCAGGUUGUCUCAAUGGCUCGUUCAAAGAACCUCAAGGGACUGGGUGCCAGCGCCAAGAUUGUCAGCUCCACCGUCAACACGUUGGUCAUGUCAUCCAAUCAGGCAUCAGUGACUUGCAACAACGAGCAGAUGCAAUCUGCAGUUCUGGCCACCACCGGCACACUCUGCGCCAACAUUGUCACCUUGUUGGACUAUGCCAAGGCUCGUGUAGCCAACUCCAAGGACCCAGUCUACGAUCAAAACUUGGUCACAUGCUCCAAGUCCAUCGAGGACGCCUCCAACAAGGUGUUGCGCUCGAUUGGUUCGGGCAACAGUGGAGUGUGCAACGAGUCCAUUGAGAUGAUCCUUCAGGCCACCGCCACCCUCGACAAGCAGGUGUUGCCAGAGAUCAGCAAUGGUAUCGUCAUUUCUGGAGGCGCCAUGGCGCAGCAGCACAGUCUGCUCGCUCUGUCCGAUGCCGCCAAGGCACUGGGCAAGAACACUUCCGAUGUGGUCACCAGUGGUCGUCGUGGUAAUGUCAACGCACUCGGCGAGAGCUCAAUGGACAUUGCCAAGAUCGUCGUGGAGCUGGUCAACUCUACACGCAACAUUGUCAAGUCUGCCAUGUCCUCUGCCGCGCCAGACGUCCUUGUUCCAUCCAAGGCCAUCUUGGACGCCAGCUCACUCAUCUCGCACAGUGGCCAAGACUCUACCGCUAUCCUUGCGGCCGCACGCACCAUUGCUUCGGCUGCCACCCAACUGUUCACCGCCACCAAGGACAUGAUCGCCAAUGAAGAGGACGAGAUUCACAAGGCACAGCUGUUGACCACUUCUCAACAACUCGCCAACGCUGCCUCAACCGUGGCCAAGUCUGUCAAGUCUGUCACAGCCAAGGAGGCCGGCGCAUUCCAGAGUUUGUCAACCUCAUUGCGCGACCUUGAGUCGUGCACCAGCAACCUCUUGAUCGCCGCUGGAGACUCACAUGCCAACGCCAAGGAGUUUGAGCGUUUGAUCAGCGCAUGCCGAUCGACCUCCUCAACGACCGCCCAGGUGAUCACCGACGCCUCCAAUCUCUCGCUCAAGACAAAGGACAGCGAGCUCCAGACUCGCCUCAACGAGUCGGCCAUGUCCAUGUCCAGCGCCAUUAAGGACGUGCUGAAGAUCGGCUCGGCCAUGAUGCCAGGAGUGAUCAUGUGUGAGGACGCCAUCGACAUUGUCCAGAAGGCCAUUGGUGACCUGUCUACCAUGUCUCUCACCGUUGCCGUCGGUACUCCAUUCGAGUCCUCUGGCAACAUGUCUCAUCUCGAGAGCCAGGAGCACAUCGUCGAGAUCUCCAAGUCGAUUGGCAAGGGAAUCAACGAUCUUCUCAAGGCCUCCCGUCAAUCACCAGAGGCUAUUGGUCAGUCUACUCGUGCACUUGCCUUCACCGCCCCACAUUUGGCCUCAUCGACCAAGUCCUCGCUGGCCACAACCAAGGACCAGGAGGAGCAGAGUCGCAUCGUGUCCGAAUCGAAGAACCUUGGAGACGCCAUGCUUCGUCUGUGCCAGGCUUCCCUGGCAGCCAGCUCCAACCCAUCCAAGGAGACCUACCAGGUGAUUAUCCAGCGUUGCCAAGACGCUUCGGAUGCCAUGAGCAAGCUCGUCGCCCAGGUCUCAUCUGGUGUCAACAUGUACCGCGACAUUGAUGACUCACUCGAGAUCAUCCGUGGCUCGCACAACACACUCAACAGCAGCCCAUCCAAGGACGACGACAACAAGUCAUACCAGGAUUACAAGGAGCGCAUUCAGACCCUCACCAAGGAUCUGGCCAUCGCACUCAGGAACAUCAGUACCACCGACCAGGGCAACUUGGUGGCUAUCUCCACCAUCUCAAAGGACAUGGCCACAUUGGUCCAACAGAUCGCACUCAAUGUUGCCGCCGUCAUGCAGACCAGUGGCGACCAGAAGGUCAAGGACGCAAUUCUGUCCAAUGUCAAGCAGGUCAUCAACGCCACAUCGCUCACCGUCACCAACUUCAAGCAGGCUUCACAGGGUGCACCAGGCGUGACCGCUGUCUCCCUCAACGACGCGUUCAAGUCGGCCAGCGACAGCAUUGCCAAGUUCAUGCAAUCAAUCAAGCAGGGUGCCAUUGGUGAGAUCCAAUGUGAUGCUGCCGUCGAUGUCAUCAAGAAGCUCAUCUGUGAUGUCGAUGCUCAUUCUUUGUUCGCCGCAGCUGGCCAGCUUGAAUCGACCCCAAUGUCAUCGGCCACACGUGCCAACCAUCUCAGCGCCCUCCAAAAGGAUGUUGUCAUUGCCGCCAAGAUGCUGAUUGUCUCAGGCUCUCAGCUCGUUGGUUCGUCCAAGGGUACCCAAGAGAACCUUGGUGCGGCCACUACCAAGUUUGCCGACCUGAUCACCAGACUCGCCCACGGCGCCAAGGAGGUCGCCAGCACUCUCAAGGACACUCAAUCUCAGCAAGACGUGCUCUCUGCCACCAAGGCACUCGGCAUUGCUUCACAACAGAUGAUCCUUGCCAGCAAGGAUGCUCAGCGUUUCCAGAAGGACUCAACCGCUUUCCGUUCACUUGGAAAGGCUGCUGAGGCUGUGGCCGAGGCUGUCGGACAGUACAUCUCCAGUGUGUACUUUGCCAUCAAUGAGGCCGGCAAGGGCAUCAAGGAGCUCGAGAAGACUCACGUGCUCAUCACAUCAUACGUCGAGAAGCCCGACACUGUUAUCACCAACCACAAGGCCAACGCCACAUCCUACGUGGCCGCAGUUCGCGACGUGUCCAAGUCUGCCAUCGAAGUGGUCACCUCGUACCAGGUCAGCCAGGACGAGUUGGUCAAGACCUCCAAGGCCCUGGCCACCAAUGUCCAGACCAUGAUCGCCCAGACCAAGGGAUCAGUGUUGCUGUUUGAUCAAGGCGACAAGAACCCAGACGCAAUCAAGUUGGCUGACAGCGUCAAGAGCGCCAACAUUGCUAUCCUCGAACUCAUCCAGCAGGUCAAGAACCAGGAGAAGGAGGGAGUCAACACCAACGUACCAGACGCCUCACGUAAGGUGUCCGAGCAGCUGCACACUCUUGUUCAACUAAGCAAGUUGAUUCCAGGAGGCAAGGACCUCGUGUUGGACGAGGACAAGCUACAGGAGGACCUCGAGUUGAGCACAGAGAACGAGUUGAAGGCAUUGGCCAAGACCAUCGAGGCUGCCACCGCCAACUUGUUGGCCGCCCGUCCAAAGACAGCCAAGAAAUCACCUGGCAUGCCACUCGACUCCAACGACGUCGCAGGCAUCAUUGUCGACGCUGGUGGAUCAAUCGCCGCCGCCGUGGCCAAGCUCGUCAGCAACGCUGCCGUCGCCCAAUCUAGAAGAAGAGAGGCACAAAAGACAUCGGGCCACUACAAGCACGACCCAACAUGGUCCAACGGUCUCAUCUCUGCGGCCAAGUCAGUUGGCACUGCCGUGCAGCUGAUGAUCAACGCAUCGAUGAAGGCUACUCAGGGCAAGGCACAAGAGGAGGAGCUCAUUGCCACAGCUCGUGAGGUGGCCGCUUCCACCGCGCGUCUCGUCAGUGCAUCGAGAGCCAAGAGUGGCGACGACCAGCAAUCCCAGAAUGCUCAUCACCAACUCACACUGGCUGCCAAGGCUGUCACCCAGGCCAUCUCCAAACUACUCGAUGCUGCCAAGACUGCCACCGCUUUGCAAGAGGAAGAGGAGGAGCAAGAGAAUGAAACAUUCAACUUCACCGGUUCCAAGAUCAAGGAGCUGGAGCAACAGAUGAAGAUCCUACGUCUCGAGAAGGAGUUGAACCAAGAGAGGAAGCGUCUCCUCAACACGAGAAAGAAGGAAUAUCAAACCAGUUCAUAG